AUGCGCUUUGCGUCUGCGAUGCAAGCAGCCGUGGACCAUGUUCCCGGUUACGCCGUCGUAGCUGUUUCCAAGGUCUACGUCUGGGCAUCCCUUGGCAACGCGUAUAUCGUCAACAUUGGGGGAUCUAGAGGUCAAGUUACCAUAGAACUGGCCAAGAACUUUGGGAACAUCAAGCUCCUUGUCCAAGACGCGGCCACGGCUAUUAAAGGCGCCGACGAUGUUCCCGAACAACUGAAAGAACGCGUCUAA